AAUUUAUUCGCUUCAUGUUUAUGGCCUUUGAGAUGGUACCUAGUAGUAAGGCACAGAUUUUUCUACUUCGAAAAACUGUGAUAAAGUUUGCUCAGUGUUCAUAAAAAAUUAUAUUGAAAGGAUUUGAAAUUCUAUCUUCUUGAUGGACGUGGGUUUAAACAUUUCUAAUUUUCAGGUAAUCUAGAUUAUUACAUUCAAAUAAAACUUCAACGAAGGAUUCAUCAGUAUCGUAGCUUCAAUAAAUGAAGUUCCAUCAAAUAAUAUGUCGUCGAAAUGGAUGGAAAUGGAAAAAUAUCCAUUCCGUUACUUUACAUGGUCACUAAACGAUCUAUCGAUUCGUUCGAUAUACGACUUAGAGCGAGAAUCGACUUCAUACCACCACUCUACCUCCAAACACGAAUGAAAAAUUAAACAAGUAGUUUCACAUUCACAUUCAGUAUUCGAUAAACGUAUGUGUUGGUUUGUGUCCGAUGUUAUUUUGAUUUUCAAAGUCGUGUUUUACGUUUAAAUGAUAGAAAUUUCACGGUUUAGAAAUUCGUAUUUUAAACUUUUAUUGUUUCGGUAGUGAAAAAAGUGAACCAUGGAGCUUUCAAACUGAAGAAAAACAACAAUUUUCGGAAACCGUUCGUUGACGAGAUAAUAUUUACUAAAAUGGAAACGAAACCGUUAUAGAAUAGAAAUGUCGCCACACCGAACGAUAAGUGUUCAUUCGUGCUUUCUAAAGCUCAUCCUGAUCAUCGGAUUUGCUGUCGGAGAACCGAACCCGAACCAGAACCCAGGAUGUGUAGGCGGCGGAGUGUUCACUCCAGGAUGGACGGUUCCAAAAGGCGACAUCGUUCUGGAAGUUGGAACACCGCUAGAGAUCCACUGUAUGUUGGACCCGACUAGUAACCAGACCAAGGGUUACUCCUCCAAAGAUAUAAUAUUUAAACGAGGCGAUAAGACAAUCAACGACAAAUACGUAACGGUGGUUAAUUCGACGACAGCCAGAUUAUACAUGGAUGAUUUACCUAUCAGCGUCGACAACGAAAUUUUUUAUUGCUCGUUGAAUCUAAGCGGUGGCAACAACAGCGAAAAUUUGACUUACUCUGCUAGCAGCUUGGAAAUGCCACCGAUAUCGAACGAGCCUAAAGAACAGUUGAUUUGUUUGAAUUCGGUCGUCGUCGGCAGUAAACCAAAAGAAGUGAUGAAUUUUACCUGCAUUAGUCACAACUGGGAAAUAUUGAAUUGUUCGUGGGUCGAGCCGAAGAACGGUAUCAAGACCAAUUAUUCGAUUUAUUACGUGAUACCUCGAAGAGCUGGCCGAAAUCAGUUGUUCGGUUGUCCGAGUCACGAAGAGAGAUUUUGCGAAUGGGCUACGAACACUAAUCCUCCAUAUAGGCGAACUUUCGAGUACAUUUAUUUCCAAAUCGACGGCAGUAAUAAGUUCGGUAAUAUUACUCAGAAUUUCAAAUGGCAUAAUUACGCUCAUGUGAUACCGUCACCGCCAACAAACCUGAUGUGUUUGGAUAAAACUUCCAAUAGUAUUUACCUGCAGUGGAACAUCGGUAUGUUAGAGGUGUUCGAGAAAGGUUUGACUUAUAGAAUCAAGUACGCUUGGGAUCGUUCGGAUGUUUGGCAAGUAAUCGAGCUGAACGCCAAAGACGUCGAAAGGGAUAAAGAUAUCAUUAAAUAUAACGUUACUGGCUUGGCGUAUCCGAAUAUGGCGUACGAUUUCAGAAUUUUCAUGAAAUCGUCGGUGGCCGACGAAGAGGGUUGGUCGCAGCCAACUGCGGUGGUUUUGAAAACCAGCCCUUGUGCACCCUACAAGUCGCCGGAAACUGACCUAGGCGGUUUUGAGAUCCAUAACGAGCACCUGCAUCGAGACGUGAUUAUAUAUUGGAAACAUAUUCCGAACGAAGAACAUAACGGAGACGAUUUUCGAUACGAGAUUUCAGUUUUUGAAAACGAUAUCGCAGUUAACGUUACACCUGUCGCGUUAACCGAUACGUGCGCUAAAUACACCGGUCUCUCGUUCGGUGCGUAUCGAUUCGUUAUCAGAGCAGCGAACGCGAACGGUACAGCUCCGCAGUCUUCGGUCGUGUAUGUGCCUAGAAAAUACGAGAUAUUACCCGAACCGGCGUUAUUCACCAAGGUCGACUUUGGAGACGGUUCUUACGAACUUUCGUGGAAGCUAGCGAACAUGACCACUGACAAAAUCUCCAAUUAUACUAUUUUCUGGUGCGAAAGCAAUCGAGACUAUCCUUAUCCUUGUAACAGUUUCCUCAACUGGACUCAUCUGACGGCCGGUACAUUUCAGCAUAAUUUCACCGCGAAGAAGCACAUCGGUUACCAAUUCGCCAUCAGCGUUAACUCGAUCAACUCCAGCAGCGGUAUGUCAUGGGCUCUAUGUACCGUUCUCCAUAACCAAGUCAAUAGAAUCAGAAACGUUUGGAUCGGUAAAGUGGGCUCGUCCUAUAUAGAUUUUAGAUGGAAAUUAGAAUGCGCCGAACGUGUCGAAGGUAUCAAAGGCUACAAUAUAACGUACUGUCCGGUCAGCGAGUUUCACCGGCAUAAAUGCGUCGGUGAAGUGAAAUCCUACCUAGUUUACGGCGACGUGACCACCAAUCACGGUAACAUCACCGGUCUAAUGCCGUACACCACGUACAAAAUGUCCGUAUCCAUUUUCACCGAUAAAGCCUUAGGACCUCCGAGCGAGUAUUUAUACAACCGUACCUUGGACGGAGCUCCAGACAUGAAAAACAUCAAAAUAGAAAUAAGCAACGUCACAGCUUCGUCAGCUGUUAUUCGAUGGAACCCUCCUGCCAAUUUCAACGGACCUCUCGAUCAUUACGAAGUAAUCUACAACGAUAAAAGUAUGAUCGUGAACGGUACAAGCGUCGUAUUGACCGGAUUGAAAGGCUACGAACCCUACCAACUCAGAGUAGUGGCUUGUACAGCAGUCUGCGCUAGAACCGAUGAGCUAACGUUCAAUACGCUCAUAGGAACUCCAUCCGAAGUACAGAAGGUAUCGACGGAGAAGCUCAACUCGGUGCAUUUCAAAUUGAAAUGGUCACAGCCUUCGGUUCCUGGCGGGCCUAAUCCCAAGUACGAUGUUAGAAUACAAUUAGACGAUCCCGAAUCGAAUUCCACGUUCGACCAAUUCGAAACUUCCGAAACAUCGGCUGUGGUCAAAUCACCUUGUAAACAGGAACAACCCACCCAAGCUGUGUAUACGUUCUUCGUACGAGCUAAAAAUACCAACGAUAAAAAUGCCAGCGACCCUAUUCAGUAUUACGGGCCUUGGACUACCGCAUACACCAUCGAUUGCGCGAAUCCCAGCAGCUUAUCCACCAUGUGGAAAAUAAUGAUAGCAGUGUUCCUGAUUACGUUAUUCGGUUCGAUAUUCGGUUUCGUUGGUAAAAAAGGAUUCUACAAGUGUCAACAGAUGAAAAAAGUCGAAGUCGUUUUACCAGCCAAAUUCACGAUACCGCAGAUAUUCCCAAACGACGUGAAAGAUACAACUUAUCAGAUCGAUAUCAAAUCGUGGACCGAUAUCAAUGAAAUUGAUCACUUGAACAAGCUCUCGGAUGCCGAGCAAAGCAGUAUGGAUUGUAUCGACUUGGACGUGGAUACCGACAGAGAAACUAGCCGAUCCAGUAGCGGAUGCUAUACGAGUUAAGGAUAUACCCAGGUUUAAUGAUUUUUUUACAAUAUUUUCACCUGAAGACGUAAAUUUUCCCAGUUUUCUUUUUAGUUAUUGACCUUUUUGAUGCUCGACGUUGCGUCUCGUUUUGGAUACGAGUACGUUUGAUGAAAGUUUUACUUUUUUUUUUACUAUUUUUAAUUAGUUUAUCUGCUAUCAUUAACGAAAUUACCACCGCGCGUAUCGCACCAUAAUUUGUUUCAGCGUCUAAAUGCUAAUUUGUUCGAAUCAUUUAUCGCUUCUUAGUAAAAUUAAUUUCCGAAAAUUUCGCGCGAUAAAUUCACUCACUUACGAAUUGUCUGUAUUGACCUAUUGGGAAAAUGAUUAUGUAGACCUGAAUUUUUUUGCCCUCCGUUUAUGAUUUCUUUUAAAACGAUAGUACGUUAUAUUCGACUCGUGAAAAAUGAUAUUAAAAUACUCGUCGGAAUCGUUAUUUCGAUUUUUAAUUAUCGACGAGUUUUUUUCGUGAUUUUUUUUUUAUCGAUAAACGAGAUCGAUUUAUUUUUAUACGAAUUUUUUUCUGAAAUGAGCGAAGGGCGAGUGGUGUUUUUUGUUUUUUAAACUUUUAUGGUGCUUUUUUGAAGACGAAGAACUGAAGUUUUUGGAAAAUGUUACUUUUUGAGCUGAAUAGUUCGGUUUGUUCUAGUACAGGGUGUUUCGUAGGAAAUACUGCCAGUUGUUUUUUCCACUUUUUUCCCCCAGUGAAUAUUGCAUAAAAAAUGAACGAAUCGUGUCACUUGGGAGGUCCAAGCUUCUCAACCUGGAUACAAUUUUCAUCGAAUUCAACGUAAAAACCUGUUGAAUAAAAAAUAAAAAAAAUUCAAUGGCCAGAUCAGGUUGAUAUCGUUUAUUUUGAUCUUUAAAAUUAGAAGAGGGGCAUCAAUCGUUGAAUAGUGACUCAGGCCCCUCAACCCUGCCACAAUCUUCAUCAAAUUCAACGUAUAAACUUGUUGAACAAAAUUUAAUAGAUCGGCAGAUCACUUCUACGUCAAUUAUUUUGAUCUCGAAGAUUGGUGUGGGGGAAGGGGAGUAUGAACAAAUUAAACGAAUUUUGAAGCUUCGGUAGUCAGGUUUUGAGGAAGCUAUCAGCCCAGUUAUCUGUCCCUAAUUUCAUGAUCAAGAUUCAUGAAUGAUAUUUGGAAUAUUAUACGUGGCUUGUAGAUUCCCAUCUCCAAAUCUAUGACUCCUUCGACUUCAAAGUUUAUUUUCAUGGGUAAAAUUUUUUUUCGAUUUUUCAGACCGAAUAAUUGAAGAAAAUUGUAAUUAAUGCUUGACUGAAAUCUUGUAAUUUUUACUUUGGUAUUUUGCAUGAGAUGCCAGAAAAUCUUGUGGGCUGAAAGAGGCGGAUCUUCCCCUCUCCAUUUCCAUGUUGUAUUUUGUGUGCAAUAUUCACCUAUCCAAAAAGAAAAAAAAAUUCAAUUUGGAUAGGUCACUUUAAUUAGAAUUUUUGCCCAAAUAUCUACUUCAAAGAUCCGAUUUCAUCAUUUUUUUUUUUUGACAGCCUGCUCGAAUAUUUUGGUCUUGAAUGAACAAGAUGAAAAUUGUUCACUUUGGCCCAGGAGAGUUGAAAUCUGUGAACUUUUUUUUGAAAAAAUUUUGUAGUAAAAAAAAAUUCAAAUUUAUAUCAAUGAUUUUUUUCACUCGAGGAGUUGAUUUUUUUUCAUAUAGAAUCAAUAUUUUUUUAUAUCUAGUCCUAUAAUACUACUUGAAUUCGACCCACGAAAAUAAACCGCCAAGUAAGAAUUCUGAAGCAUGAAUUUCAACUCGUUUCACUUCGAGUGCUGUAAACUGUCGUUCAAUCUAAUCGGUACCUAUUUUAAAACUGGAAUAAAUUUUGCGACGAAACAAGUUGUUAUUGAAGGGGAAAAAUUCGACUUUGAUACGUAUCUUUUCCACGUGAUGAAACAAAUAAUUAUAAUUAUUAUAUCUAAACGUUCGACUCAUUACACCUUUACUUUUGAAACAUUUAAAUGAAAUAUUGCGAAACAUGUUUCAUAUUGUACGAAGUCAUUUGAUUGAAAGAGAAAACGAUCACGUAUUAACGUUUCAAUUUUUUUUAAAUUUUCUGUACGUGAUCAUUUUCAUCUUCGAUUGACUCGAAAUGUGAUUUGCAUUCUUUCAUUCGUCUAAAUUAAUUAUUUGAUUUUCGGUUUUUGACGAAUCGUUUGCUGGAAAAGUGCAGGCUGUUUUACUUGAGGAUUUUUUUCAGGGAACAAUUCGAAUAUUUUCUCUACGUGUAAAAAAUUUUGUUGGAAAUUGCUUGGUUUUGAUAAUGAAGUGAUUUUUUUCAUAGAUUGAAUCAUGAUUUACAGCAUUUGAUCCCAAAAAAGUUCAAAUAUAUUGGAAACUUUCGCUACACAAUUCUUUGCUGGGACAGUAAAAAAAUUGACAUUUUAAAAAUUCAGUUUCAUCAAAAAAGUGAUUUUUUUCCUCUUCUCUGCCAUAAAAAUUGAAUGUUCGUGAUUUUAGUGAACAUUUUUCGAGUGUGGCUUUCAAAAUAAUAUUCUAUAAUUUUUUUUUAAAAAUGAGGAAAACCUUUUCUACUCAUUUUUUUUUCUUUUAAUAAAUCAAAUUACGAUUUAUGAUUUUCUGAACACCCUGUACUUCAAUAAACCGCGAUUAAAAAAUUAAGAAUAAUAUUUUUUCGAUAUUUAAAAUGAAUAAUUAUCUAGAAAAAAAAAUAACUGUAAUAUUUUCGAUCAAAUUUCAGUUCUUCGUUUUCAAAAUUUUUCUAGUCACUGAAAUUCAUUAAAAGUAUUUUACGUGUAAUAAAAUGGGAAUCGAAAUACACCUAGAUUUUUGAGGAGUUAUCACCAUUGCAAAAUAAUUACUUACAUUUUAACCAUUUUUAUUAAUAAAUAGGUACGUUUUUCUAAAUUUUAACCUAUUUACUUACUUAAUUAUUUCUGUGAUAAAUUUUUUUCGGCCCAGAGCUGUUUAUAGUACGAUAUUUCUAAUGCUCUAAUUUGUGCCUUUAUUUUAACAUAACAUAUCAGUUUUUUUAAUCAACAUUUUAAAAGUAUUUUUUCCCUCAUUGCCUCAUCAUUGUAUGUACAUAAAUGUAAUUUUACAAAUAUUUUUAAGCAAUAAGUCGUAUAUUUAUGAGCUUUACGAAGUGCCUUCUGUAAAAAUUAUGUACCCCUGUGAGGUCUGUGAUGAUGUGAUGAAGUACUCGAAGUGUUUUUUUUUUUUUCUCUAUCCCAGUAAAACACGUUGAUUUUUUUUGCCCAGCCCUUUUGUAGGACACGAUUAAAAUACUAUAGCCUCUUGUGUAAAAUAUUCCGAUACAUGUCGAUGUCGAUCAUCGCGAUGAAAGUGACUAAGUAUUUGAUUAAAUACGAUAUUAUUUCAAGUGCCUGCCAUGGAACAUCACGUGAUUUUCAAUACGAUGUCUCUGUUGUAUAUUGAAAGGCUAGUACCACCCAGUUCUACCCAUAUCUUUUUGAUAUGUGCUUUAGAAAAAAAAUCCAAUACUCGAGUACGAGAUUACGUUUGAAUUUCGAGCUUAAUUGUUUGUGAUUAUGUCAAGUAUUUUGUAUAUACGCUUGUACAUGUAUAUAGUGUAAGGUUCUUUUUUAUAUUAUAUUUGUUAAUUGUUAAUUUGAUAAUGCUUGACGUAUCGUCGUCGACUUUUGACCUAAUCAAUGCAUCGCAACGUGUCGUGUCCAUUUUGAAAUUUUAUAACGAGUCGUAAUUUAUUAUAAGUAGUCUAGUGUAUUGGAAUUGGAAUCGAUCGUGAUCGUUUUCAGAAUCAAAAUCAACUCGUUUAUGGCUCUGAAAAAAUCAGAAAAAAAAACUUUUUUGGAGAAAAAUAUUAUUCUAGUUUUGAAGUACGUUGUCUGCGUUGUUCUGAGGUAUUAUUGUUGUGGGUAGCUUAGGUAGGUGGGCACCUUACCUACUUACGUAAAUUGAUGACGAAAAUGCAUCUUGAAAAGGUUUUUUGAAAUGAACGAAAUCAAAGUUGAGUAUUAUGAUGAUGAUGACGUCUUUGCACUUUGAACUAACGUCAUUAUCUUCAAGAUAGCUUCGUGAAAGGAAAUAGGUAUCAAAAAUGUAUCUAAAUUUAUUUAGAUUCGACUUAAAACCUUUUCUAUGAUUUUUUCAAACUUUUGAUUGGAAAAUUAUACUUUUAUAAACGAGAAGUUACCACCCUUCCUCCAUUCAUUAUUCGAUCAGAUUUCGUAUUCGUUCAAAUUUACUUAUCUGGAUGAACUUUGGAUUUUUAUGAAAAUUCACAAUAAAAGCCUAGAAUUGGUCCUUGAUGUUGAUUUACUGUAGAAAGGCCUCCUGUUCAGAUUUUGAAACCCCCAGUGAAAGUUGUUGAUUGUCUUCAAGAUCCCAGUGAUUAUAUUCUUAGAUCGCUACCUCCCCUCCCAACUCCUCUAAAAGGCCUUAAAAUGCAAUUUUUGUUUAAAAUUCAUAUCUGUGGCAGUUUUCCAUCGAUUUCUUUGAAAUUUGUAACGGUGUUGGACCCAUCAAGGGUCAUUUAAGGGAAUUGUGGUAAUUAAAGGAGCUACUGCUUCAAAUUAUUCAAUAAUAAAAUUUUCAAAAAAUGAAAAAAAGUUCUAGUUUUUGAGAAAUUUUUUUAAUGACAUUUUAAUUUCAAUUUCUGUGUAACAUUUUUUUUUUUUUUUUUGAGUGUAUGCGAACAAAUAAAGCUCUGUAACGAAGUGGUCUUAAUCCUAUCUCCAAAAUUGAAAAAAUUGAAAAAAAUUUUUGAAUUGAAUUUUUUCUGUGUUUUUAUACAUUAAUUUCCAAGCAACUUUUGAAGGUGAAAAUAUCUUUAAAAUUGAAAUAGUUGCAAGUGGUAAAAAACGUAAAAAAAAAUAAAUAAAUUCCAGUUUUCUGAAAAAUUAAAAAUUUUUUUUUUUCAAUUCUGAACAUAACUUUCUAUGUAUUUUUUGAAAGUCGACCAUCAAAGCUCUAUUACUAAAUGGCCUAUUUUCAAAAUUAAAAAUAUCGGAACAAGCUGAAAAUUGUGAAAAAAAAUUGUAAAAAUUCAACGUUUUCUAAAAAAAUGUGAAAUUCACUAUUUUCUGUUUUUGAACCCUAAAUUCAGAGGUAUUUAAACCUAUUGAAGAUGAAUGAAAAAGGUUCAUCUAUCACAAAAUAGUCAAUAUCUGGAAUUAAAAGAGUUGAAACUUGUGGAAAAUCCCCAAAAAAUAUGUAAAAUUUUCCUACAUUUUCCUACAAAAUUUUUCUUUACCAAAAUAUCCCAUUUUCAAACCUGAGAACACUAAAGGCUAAAGAAUUAUUGGAAUGAUUUGGGGUUCACUGGAAAAUCUGAGCCUCUGUAGCAUCUUUGAUUUUGAAAAUGGGUACCUUUGAAUUUGGGAAUAAAAGUCUAUUGAUUUUGAAAAAAAAAAACAAAUUGUGCAGCAGUUCUCUUUUCGUUUCCAGACGAUUGUUCUAAAACGAUUCCAA